AUGCCGGGCCUACUUCAGCAGCCCCUGCUAAACCCACGGCAUGCCACCCCGCUGCAAUUUCCGUUGCGGGCGGGCCUGGGCAUGUUCGAGGACCCCAUCGUGGCUCGUCCCCCUGCGAAUCCCGACCCAGCACUUUUCAACGAAGAUUUUUCACCCACUACAAUCGACAAGCGCACUUUCGACACCAUGGAUUUUGCCACAUUUUGGAUCACGCUAGUCAUCUCCAUCACGACAUACUAUCUGGCAGCCAGCCUCGUGGAUCUUGGCAUGUCUUGGUGGCAGGGCAUCCUGACCGUCUUCUUUGGGAACCUCAUCACGCUGGUGCCCAUGGUCCUCAACGCACAUCCCGGAACCAAGUACGGCGUUCCGUUUCCCGUACUGGCACGUGCCAGUUUUGGCAUCUUG